CACUUCUCUAGGUAAGGCAGUUACCUAGGCAACUAGAUAAUGUUUGGGAGUCUACAAGACCUUCAGCUUUUCCAAUGAAGGAUUUUGGGGGAUUUGGAGGUUUCAUCAGCAUUUUCUUGAUCAGAUUAAUGUUUUCAGAAAUAUCACAUACCAUCCCAUAAUAUCCAAUGAUCAGACUCUGUCCAAUAGCUACUUCAACUCCGGCCUUCGAGUACCUGGAUAUCCCCUCUCUCCAGCCAACCGACACCUGCGAAUCACUUCUGGAGGGCACCGCAACGUCUCUUUUCUUUAACUUCGCCAACUCUGCCAUCACUUACAACUGCUUCAUCAGUCCCACUGGAUCCUCCUGCAUCGGCGACUUCGGCGGACCAAUUCAGUGUGACCUGACAACUGGUGAAAAGGUAGUGAUUGGGCAGAUCGAGAAUGGUGACUGCACGGCUGCUGCUGCUGUCGGCUUCUACAACCUUGAGACAUCAAGUGUUCGAGUUCUUCCAACAGCCAAGGCCAAAAUCACGCUUGGAUAAAGAUACAGUUUUAAAACGUGGUCUCGUGUCCAUGACGAAUAAAUAUUUGAACAUUUAAA